CUAUUGAUGUCCCAAACUUUUUGCCUUGUGGCAACUCUAGACACUGUUGCACACAUUGUUUUCUUUUUUGACAACUCUCAACUUUAGUAAGUGAGCUCUGUCAUCUACAAAAUUAACGAAACAGGGCUGAACGAGACAACAGUAAUCCAACAUGACCGGGAAAUUGCGGAGCCUCGGCUUGAAGCUGUUCCAGAAGGCCAAGGGUGGAUUCAACUGGACAUCGGUGCGUCCAAAGGCUAGCUUACCUGGGCGCACAUUUUUCGCCGGACGUCCCAAAUUACUGGGUGCCCUGGGAGUCUUAGCCGGAGGGGCAGGACUCCUGAUCUACGCCUUGGAGGCGAGCGUUGAUGCCUCUUCAGAUUGCGUCCAUCCGCCGCACCAGGACUGGAAUCAUACAGGAUUGCUGGCUGCCCUGGACAAGGAGAGUGUGCGCCGUGGUUAUUUUGUUUACAAGGAGGUGUGCUCCAGUUGCCACUCGCUACAAUACAUAGCCUAUCGCAACCUGGUCGGGGUAUGCAUGACCGAGUCGGAGGCCAAAUCGGAGGCAGAGGGAAUCACCGUCAAGGACGGACCAAAUGAGGAGGGAAACUAUUUCGAUCGUCCGGGGAAGCUAUCCGAUCACUUUCCAUCCCCGUACCCCAACGAGGAUGCGGCCCGUUCCGCGAACAACGGCGCCUAUCCGCCGGAUUUGAGCUACAUCGUGUCAGCUCGCAAGGGAGGCGAGGAUUAUGUCUUUGCACUGCUCACGGGAUACUGUGAACCGCCAGCUGGUUUCACUUUGCGCGACGGGCAGUACUUUAAUCCAUACUUUUCGGGAGGUGCCAUUUCCAUGGGAAAGGUAAUUGACAACGAAGUGGUCAGUUAUGCCGAUGAGAAUGUGGCUGCCUCCGCUGCGCAAAUAGCCAAGGAUGUGGUUACCUUCUUGAAGUGGACUUCUGAACCGGAAUCUGAUGAACGCCGGCUGCUGCUUAUCAAGGUGGUUCUUAUGUCAGCGUUUUUGAUAGCAAUGUCCUAUUACAUCAAACGACAUAAGUGGUCAGCGCUAAAGUCACGCAAAAUCUUCUACAUUCCGGAGUUGGAGCGCCAAGCUGCCCAGGCGGCCAGAGAAGCCGAGCUGGCUGCUAAAAAGGCCGAAAGCGACCAGUGCAACAGAUGCGAGAACAAGAAUACUGACAAAGAUUAGUUUUAUAUACCUUACAAUAAAGGUUUUUAAAUUUAUACUGCAA